CCCCUCCCCGCGCCGCGCGCCGCGGCGUCCCAACAUGGCGGCGGGCGGCGGCGGGCCGCUGGCGCUGCUGCUGCUGGCGGCGGCGGCGGCGGCGGCGCGGCUGUACCGCGCCGGGGAGGACCCGCUGCGCGUGCUGGCGGCGGGCACGGUGCGCCGGGCGCUCCUCAACUCCUCGGCCGCCUGGGUGGUGCAGUUCUACAGCUCGUCGUGCGGCCACUGCGUCGCCUUCGCCCCCACCUGGCGGGCCCUGGCCGGGGACGUCAAAGAUUGGGAAUCUGCGAUCAGAAUUGGUGUGCUGGAUUGUGGGGAAGAAGAGAACUACGAGACAUGUAAAGAAUAUGGUAUUCACUAUUAUCCAACUUUUAGGUACUUCAAAGCAUUUACAAAGCAGUUUACAACUGGAGAAAAUUAUAAAGCAGGAGCCGAUCGUGAGCUGCAAACAGUUCGCCAGAUGAUGAUUGACUUCUUACAGAACCAUUCUCAAGAGUUGAGACCACCUGCUUGCCCACCCUUGGAUCCAGUUUCGUCCAGUGAUAUUACUUCUCUUUUUGACAAGAGUAGCCCUCAUUAUACUGCCAUCGUGUUUGAAAGUAAUAACUCCUAUGUUGGACGAGAGGUUAUCUUAGACUUGAUUCAGUAUGAGAACAUUGUGGUAAAGAGAGCAUUGAAUUUUGAUAAGCCUUUUCUAGAGAAACUCGGUAUUACCUCUGUCCCUUCAUGCUAUCUGUUGCAUCCAAAUGGAUCCCAUGGGUUAAUUAACAUUUUGAAGCCUCUACGGUCUUUCUUUUCUUCGUAUUUAAAGUCACUGCCAGGUGUAAGAAAAAAACUUCUUUUGCCACUUCAGCUGCCUAUAAAGGAAAACAAAGAAGAGAACACAGAAAUCAAGGUGUGGAAGGAGUUUGAUAAAUCUAAGCUGUACAUGGCUGACCUUGAAUCAGGAUUGCAUUACCUGCUCCGGGUAGAGCUUGCUACGCACAAGACACUUGAGGGAGCAGAGCUAAAGACCUUCAAGGAUUUUGUUACUGUCUCUGCCAAGCUUUUUCCUGGCCGUCAGCCUGUGGUAAAGUUGUUAGAGACCUUGCAAGAGUGGCUGGUGAGCCUUCCAUUAGACAAAAUCCCUUAUGAUGCUAUCCUAGAUCUGGUCAACAACAAAAUGCGGAUUUCUGGGAUAUUUCUCACUAAGCGAAUUCAGUGGGUCGGAUGUCAGGGCAGCAGACCGGAGCUGAGAGGUUAUACGUGUUCCCUUUGGAAGCUGUUUCAUACCUUAACUGUUCAAGCUGCACUGCAGCCAAAGGCAUUGAUGCAUACAGGUCUCGAAGACAAUCCACAAAUAGUACUUCAGAUCAUGCGGAGAUACAUUCACCACUUUUUUGGAUGCAAGGCUUGCGCUCAGCAUUUUGAAGAAAUGGCUAAAGAAUCCAUGGAUUCUGUUAAGACCUUAGACAAGGCUGUUCUCUGGCUCUGGGAGAAACACAACGUGGUGAAUAAUAGACUUGCAGGUGAUUUGAGUGAAGAUCCAAAAUUUCCCAAAGUUCAGUGGCCAACUCCAGACCUUUGUCCUGCAUGUCAUGAAGAAAUUAAAGGAUUACACAGCUGGAAUGAAGAGCAAGUUCUACAGUUCAUGAAGUAUCACUAUAACAAUGAAAAUAUUUUAUAUAAAUACACCGAAGGCCAGACUGACUCCAGUGAAGUUGAACAUGGAGAUACAAGGGAGAUAAAAGACAAAAGCCUACCGAAGAAGCCAAGUGGAAACAGAGAAGAUAAGAUCCUGGACCAAGAAAAUGUACUAGAUUCAGAAUCUAAGGUGUUAGAUAAGCUAAUAGCAAAUCAUGCAGCUGUCAAAGAUAGAGGUAAAAGUGGAGUUGAAUCAGCUGAUCAUAGAGAGACCAAGCAGUCUGUGUCUUUCUUAGGGAUUGGAUUUUCAAACAUAGACAUGAGUCUGUGUGUCGUACUUUAUGUAGCAUCAUCCUUAUUUUUAAUGAUAAUGUAUUUUUUUUUCAGAAUGAGAUCCAAACGUUGGAAAGUGAAGUAUUAUCGUUCAUCUGUAUAGAACUUUAAAUCAGAAACAAAGUUUUCAUUGUAAGUGGCUGUUCAGUUCCAGAUGCAGCUUUAAUAUUUAUGAUCAGGGAUUUUAUAUACAGUAUUCCUUGUUUCAAAACCCUUUCUUCCCAGUUCAUUUCACAAAUGUUCCAGCUCAAUAUACAGCUUGCUGUAAGAACCCUAAUCUUUGACUGUCACAGACACAUAGUGCUGCCGUAAAAUGUCUACUGAAGGAAGCAUUGCAUUUUCCGGUUAAGAUUUUCCAUGACUUACCACCUACAUCCUUUACUCAUUUGCAAAGUAAACAUUGCAUUAUGCAAUUAGCUGUGCCUGGUUUUGGAAAGAAAUUGGAUAUUGUUUUGUGUACUUGGAGUCUUUUUUUAUUAUUAUUUAUCCAGAGCUGAUUUUACCUACAAGAUUACUGAACAGUUAUACUGCUAUCUUGGCUUUCCCAUUUGGAGAAGCAAGAGUUUUGAUUUUUUUUUUUUAAAAGGAAAACAAGAGUUCUAUUCUGAUUAAAUCAGCUCUAAACCUCUGUUCCCAUUACAUAUUUAAAGUAGAAAGUAUUAAGUAUUCAAAUAAGUCUUCCAUUCUCUUAUGUGUUCCAGCCAAGCAUGUAUGUGCCUCUGCUAGGAUGAGAGGUCUGGGGCAGUUAGUGCAUCUAUAAGCAGCCUGAUUCUGAUUUUGCUGAUACUACCAUUCAUUUUAAUGGAAUUUAGAUGUAAGCAAGAACAGAAUCAGACCCAGUGUUUUUCCUGCUCUGCUAUUGGAUGCAUUAAUAGAGCAUUAGAUAACUCACCUUGAUACGCUAAUUUAUGACUCAGAAAAGUAGUUAAGUAAUUAUUGUUGUGUCAUUCAGGGGGAAGCCAAUUCUGAUGAACUCCUGUAAAAGGAAACACAAUUUUUAAUAAAGAAAAAUGAGACUCCAGUGGCAUCAGCAUACCAGAACAAAUUUACAGAUCUAGAUAUACUAAGUUUCUUGUAACACUAUAUAAAUCCAUUAAACUGAAAUCAUUUUUUCCUCUGGUGAGGCAGUGUAAGAACUUCCUAUUAGUAUUGCCAGUUCUGAGCUCAUGGGGAAUAUCACUUGCUAGCUGAAAAGCUUCCUGUACAGUACUUAAAUAAAAUAAAAAACAAACAAAAACAAAAGAACAGCCUCAUUACCUUGUCCUUCUACUGGAGUGCUCCACUGUUUGGGUCAAAAAGGGUUUACCUGUAGUUGAAGUCCAAGAGCUCCUCCAUUCUGGGAGGCGGCAGCAAUUGGGAAUAUGGCAGUUGCCUUUACAUAUCCAUCAGUCUGUGCAGGAUCCUGGCUGACAGCAGUCAGAAGAAAACAUGGAAGCGGUUAUAAAAUUACCAUUCAGAACAGGAGUUCCUUUUUGAUCCUAGCUGUGGGAGAUAAUUCACGUCCUGGAUAGUGAAGUUUAUAAUCCUAUCCUUUGUAAUUGAGCAUGUUCUAGUUAUCCAUUACCUAAUCUUUAGUUAAUCCUAAUAGGUUUUGGCCUCAAUGUUUUUUUGUGGCAGUGAGUUCUACAGAUUAAUUAUGUUAUAUAAAAAGGCUUUUCCUUUCAAUUUUACAUUUGUAACUCUUAAUUUAAUUGAAUGUCCCCUAGCUCUUCUGUUAUGCGAGAAGGAGUAAAUAUUCCCUGGCCAAUUCAUUCUUGUAGUGUAUCAUUCUUCAUUAUAUUGUUAGUGUGUCCUCUCAUUUCCAUCAUCAGCCCUCGUACGAAAAGUUGGAAGCUCUGCGAUAGGAAUGGGCUACAAUUUAGCACUAAAACUCAACAAGGAUGUUUUUUCAUAAUUAGAUUUUGUUCACUGAGAAACUUGAGUCAAAAAUCUUCAGUUUUGUGUCAUUUCCAACUGGAAUAACAAAAUUGAGCCAACAGUUACUGUCUCUUGUUUCUUUAAGUAUCAAAAUAAAUUACAAAUUCACAUAUAGUUGUUAUAAACAUGCAUCAGAGAAAAACUCCAUUUGUGUGACAAUAUAUGCUAAUAAUAUGACAUAGGUAAAGAAGCACAUUAAAGACAACUUAAGAGAACCAGAAAUACGGUUUAUUGUAUGGACUCAAUGGCCCUUGCUGCAGUGUGAGAAAGUUUACUCCACCUUCUACCUUAAAGCUAGAGGCCAGCACCUUCCUACUGCUGCCUGCCUCUUCCACACGGGAAGUCGGCUUGUGCUUAGGGCCUAACGUGAAAACUCUACACGUGCUCGAUGUUGUUGUCGUGACAUCAAGUCAGUGUGUGUUUUCUAAUGACCCUUGUUGUUUAGGAGGCAUGACACAACGAGCCAUCAUUCUGUUUAGGAAUUUAUCAGAAUCCCUGUAGUUGUCUUUAUAGGAUCUGGGCUUGAAUAUUAAAACUACUUGUAAGGCACUAUAGAAAGAGUGAAACAGCACUGGUAGGUAGCCUGGACUGGCUCCUCAGUGCCCCUGUGUCUUGUACGAGAAUCCACAGAGAGAUCCCAUGGGUAAGUGAGGUAAGAGACAGUAAGUCAGUUAAGCCCAGAUAUUUCAAAUUUAGGUUUGAAAAUUGGGCAACUUUUAAGUGACCUAACUGGGGGGAAUGGGGUUUGAUAUCAGCCAAAAAUCAAAGUUUAAUGUCCCUAAAAUAAAUAAAUAAACAGGGCAACAUAGGUAUUGAAUCUGGAAAAUUUGGCCAGCUUAUGUAGGACUGAAUUUCCUGUUAGCGGUAACAUUGCAUUGGAUAUGAAAAUAUGUAAUUACUGCUGUUGUUUUGAACUUUACUGAAUAGUUAGACGUGAGUUUAACUGCCAUUCAACUUAUUUUCAUCUGCAUAUUAAAACAAAAGGUGCUGCAGGUUUGUGGGAAUUAUUUUGACAUUAAAACAGCAGCUGAUGUGUUUGGGAAUAUGUGACUCUUCUGCUACAUACUGUUAACUUCAUGUUGCCUUGACCCUGUUCGAAAUGUGGCAAAAUGAACAGGUAUUCAGACUUCCAGUGGGUUUUUUUUUGUUUAUUUGUUUCAUGAGAGUGUUAAAAGUGUGAAAGUAGAAUGUCGAUUAUCUGUGUUGGUGCUAUAACUCAGUGUUUUCAGCUGAUUGGCACAAGGCUUUCACUUUAAUUGCUAGUAGUGACCUCAUUCAGAGGAGUUUCCUUGUCUUUGAAUUUGGUUAUGUAAAUCUUGGUUUAUUUGUUCUUAUUUUGUAUCUUUAGAAUGACAAGGUAUAUCCUUUUACAUAUUCUGACUGUAAGGAUGUAUUAAUAUUAAGUCCACUGUGGAAUGGGUGAUGCUGCUUUGCCAUGGUGUGUUAUAGGUAGGUGAGUUACAAGAAAGUAUUUCCUGUUUAAAAAUGCCUCAAACCUCCAUCUCUUUGGUCCCAGAACUUUUAUUUGUGCAUUGUAUUAUAUCACAGAAGUUUUUAUAAACUUUUAUAGAUCGUACAAAAACUCCUGAGAGUCACUUUUCAAGAAGGAUUUCUGGCCCUUUGUAAUUCAUGGAGCCGCCUUUGCUAUUCAGAUGUUUUUAAAGAGGAAAUACUAAACCUGCAGAGAAAAUAAAGAGUACUGUGGAAUAUGCUAGGUCAGAGAAAGAAAAGAUGCAAGUGCUGAAGAAACCUAAUGGAAUUAUUCUGUAGAACUGUAAUUUUUAAUUUCAAGCAGUGUAUGCGUCCUGCUAGUCUUGCGCAGAACUGGAUGUGAACUACCUUUUUAACAAAAGGUUCAGAAUGUGUUUUCUAGGUCUCUGUAUUACGUAUGAGGUGUUAAAAAUGGUGAAUAGAAUGGUUCAAUAAUUUAAAUGUUUUAUUUAUUUUAAUUCCACAAUUUGACAUUUUCAUGUCUUUUUUUUUGUUUUUUACUCAGUCUCAUACCUCUCUCUGGGAAGGAAAAGUGACCGUUUUGUACUAAACUGUAAGCUAAUGUGCUUGUUAAAAAUAAAUUGCAAACAUUUGGGCAAAA